AUGGACGCAAACUUUUGUCCUUAUAUUCCCAUCUUGACGCUAAAGGAAGGCUCCAAUAACAACGCUAUGCACCAUGAUCAGGACCCACUAGCGCCACCACCCAACUCGUUUACAAGCGCUAGUACAACAAACAAAGCCUUGACGCCCCAUCGUCAGUUAAGUGAAUUGCUACGAUUGAUUGAUCCCAAGUAUUGUUUCCAUCCAGCAGUAGAGGAGUUACUAUUGGACAUGGCAUCGGACUUUGUACACGAUGUGGUGGAUUUUUCUGCGAAAUUAGCCAAGCACAGACGCUCUACAACGCUCGAGCCACGUGACUUGCAGUUUUGUUUAGCAAAGAACUAUGGUAUUUCUCUUGCUGGUGUGCUCCCUACUACAGCAAGUGGUGCUAUCAUGAACUCAGCUUUGAGACCAUUAGGUCAAGAUCUACUGGUGCGUCCACGACCAGCAAAGAACUCGCUACAUAUGCAUUGGAUGGCGUUGAAGCGCAAGUCGCUGCUUCAUACGAAAACAAAGCUCAAGAACGCACAUGCAGUUAAAGUGACGGAUGGCGGGAAAAAGGUGGUACGCAGGGCUAGUGUCAGCAAGUAG